CCGAUCGAGCGGAAACCGCUCCCCCCUGGCAGAGCCGGCGGCACCUAUAUCCCUCCUUUCAAGCUGGCGCAGAUGAUGGCGGAGCAGACGGACAAGACAGGACCGGAGUACCAGCGAAUGACAUGGGACGCGUUGAAGAAGUCUAUCAACGGUCUGGUGAACAAGGUGAACGCGUCCAACAUCAAGAACAUCCUCCCGGAGCUCUUCACGGAGAACAUGAUCAGGGGCAGAGGGCUCUUCGCGCGUGCGGUGAUGAAGUCCCAGAUGGCGUCCCCGCAGUUCUCCCCGGUUUUCGCCGCGCUCGUCGCGGUGGUGAACACCAAGUUCCCCGAGCUCGGCGAGCUGGUGCUGAAGCGCGUCAUCCUGCAGUUCCGCCGCGCGUUUAAGCGCAACGAUAAGCCCGUGUGCGUCGCCGCGACUCGGUUCCUUGCGCACCUCAUCAACCAGCAGGUGGUGCACGAACUGACCGCUCUCGAGCUGCUGACGGUGCUGCUCGCCAGCCCGACAGACGAUUCGGUGGAGGUGGCGAUCGAGUUUGUGAAGGAGUGCGGAUACACCCUCAACGAGCUAACGCCUCAAGGCCUUCAUGGGAUCUUUGAGCGGUUCAGGGGCAUCCUCCACGAGGGUGAGAUUGACAAGCGCGUGCAGUUCAUGAUCGAGGGUCUCUUCGCCGUGCGUAAGGCUGGAUUCGAGGGAAAACAGGGUGUACCCCCGGAGCUGGACCUCGUGGAGGAAGAUGACCAGAUCGUCCACGAGCUGUCAUUGGAUGACCAGCUUCAGGCGGAGGCAACCCUGGACAUCUUUAAGGUUGAUCCCGAGUACGAGGCGAACGAGAGAAAGUAUGCUGAUGUCAGGAAGGAGAUCCUCGGUGAGUCAUCGUCGGACGAAGACGAUUCCGAAGAUGAUUCCGACGAGGACGAGAGUUCGGACGAGGAGGAUGGUGGCGGUGGCGCCAUGAACGCCGAGCAGCAGGCCAUCGAAGACCAGACAGAGACCAACCUGGUGAACCUGAGGCGCACCAUCUACCUCACUAUCAUGUCUUCGCUCGAUUUCGAGGAAGCUGGUCACAAGCUGAUGAAGAUUCACCUGCAACCCGGUCAAGAGGUGGAGAUCUGCACGAUGCUCACGGAAUGUUGCUCGCAGGAGCGCACAUUCCUCCGGUACUACGGCUUGCUGGCUCAGAGGUUUUGCUUCAUCGAUCAGAUGUAUGCGCAGCUAUUUGACGAGGUGUUCCUGAAGCAGUACUCCACCAUCCACCGCCUGGAGACGAACAAGCUCAGAAACGUCGCAAAGUUUUUUGCUCAUCUCCUCUCCACCGACGCCAUCUCGUGGACUUGCCUGGCGUAUCUCCAGCUCACGGAGGAGGCGACCACAUCGUCGUCGCGCAUCUUCAUCAAAAUCCUCUUCCAAGAGCUCUCUGAGGCGCUCGGUCUGAGGAAGCUGAAUCAGAGGCUGCAGGAUCCGGGGAUGGCGGAGUACUUCCAGGGUAUUAUGCCGAGAGACACGCCGAAGAAUACCAGGUUUGCCAUCAACUUCUUCACCUCCAUCGGUCUUGGUGGCUUGACCGAUGAGCUUCGCGAGCACCUGAAGAACAUGCCGAAGAUGAUCAUGGCGCAGAAGCCUGCGGACAGUGACAGCGACUCGGAUAGCAGCAGCUCUUCCUCAUCAAGCAGUUCAAGCAGCUCUAGCUCUUCGGACAGUGACUCAAGCAGCUCGAGCUCGAGCUCGAGCUCAAGCAGCUCGUCAUCCUCAGACAGUAAGCCCGCGAAGAAGAAGAGGAAG